UGGAUUUUGUCUGCUUUUUCUGCGUUGUGAUUGGUCAUCUCACUCCGUGAGCAACGCAUAAGACCGUGCUCCCAUCCAGGCGGUGUGAGUGAAUUCACUCACAGUGCUCUGUAGCAGUUAUUGCUUGAAAGUCUUUACAGGUCUUCUGAGAACAUUUGAGGACGAUAUUGAUUCUCUAUACAUGAUGAAAAUGAUUGCAGUGGUCCUGCUGUCAUGUGCCUUUGUCAUGGUGUCUGCUGUGCCACUGUCACAAGGAGGAGCCACUCAAAGAGCUCAGCUCGGGGAAGCGACAAACGGGAAGCCUGAGGCCCAAACACCAGCUCCUCUCUCCCCCAGCCUACAGCAACCACAGCCAAUGGCUCCACAGCCAAUGGCUCCACAGGGUGGCGCCCAGCCUUCGGUGCCACUGUACACCUGGUUUCCACAAGGAGGCAGCCCUCUGCUCAUCCCCCUGCAGCACAGCGUCCAUGGAUCUCUGCCUGCAAACCCACUCACACUGGCACAGCAGCCUCUGAUGUUUCCACCUUAUGGGUACGUCCCGGUGCUUUCAUCACCCUAUAGCAAUCAGCUGCUCUCCCCAUAUGGAUUCCCAGUGCGGGCUGAGCCAUCCUUCCCCCAGAGUCCAGCACAGCAGCUCCCGAACAGUCCUGUAGAAAACGUUGCGGCUCCAGCUGUUCCAGCUGUACCGUCAGGAGCAGCGCCCCAACAAACACAGCAACAGACUCCUCAGGUUUUGUACAUGCUACAACAAUCCAUGAACCCUUCACUUGGCGGUCUUAGCUCGGAGGAACUUGAGACUGCAGCAAAAAUGAGCAGGUUAGGCAUGUUCAUGCCGACUUUGCUCUCAAAUCUACCCACGGCCGGAGGAGCUGUUCAGCCUCAGACCCAGGCGGCUGGAAUGGCGAACCCAGACCAGCAAGGGGCCGGUCAAACUGUACGAAGCGCAGCGGCCGGAGCCCAACCGUUACAGAGGGCGGCUUGCUCGGAGUCCAAAGCGAGUGCCAACAACCUCCCUGCAGCUUUGGAGAAAGCAGCACCAGAGGUUUCCACAGUCCAAACCCCUCCUCAGCCCAAACUCCAGCCCACACACAGAAACCCGGUGUGAGUCUGCGGCCAUCAGCAGACAUAAACGUCCCAUACCUACAGAGAAAACCUAAUGCUGCAGUGGUGCAAAAUGUAGGAUAGUUUUUUUUGUUUCCAAUAAAAUAUCUAUCGGAUUUGUAACGUCACUCAAUACAUUUUUUUGUGUUCUAUUUUGCAUGAAUAAACAUCAUAUGUC